GUAUUUUUCCAUAUCCCCUCCUUUCCUUAAAGUAGGGUUCGCCCCCUCCCCGGAGAAGGGAAUUCCGCCGGGGGAGGCCAUGGGGGACCCCCCGUUCCCCGAACCUGAAUUCUCCACAACCCCCGUUCUUCGUACGAGUAGCCCCCGCCAUGAACGGUCGCACCCUCCCUUAAAAUACUUACUCAUUUUUUCUAUAGAGCAGAUGAAUCUAUCGCCUAUAUAGAAUAUAGUACAGACCGGGAAGGCUCUGUUCGAGGUGUUCAAAUUUCUCGUCAAUCAAUGUUAGCUCAUGCAAGAUCCCUUUGUUUGGCUUUAAAUUACAAAGAAGGACAAACAUUAAUUUGCGUGUUGGAUUUUAAAAGAGAAGCUGGACUUUGGCAUUCUUGUAUAGCUGCAAUAUAUGCUGGAAUGCGUGUUAUAUUUGUUCCAUAUUCUUUGUUGAAAAUUAAUCCAACAUGUUGGCUUUUACAAGCAACUCAGCAAUCUGCUCAAUUUGCUUUAGUCAAAUCUCGUGAUUUACAUUGGUCUUUAUUAGCAGUUCGUGAUCAUUCUCAAUUACAACUUGGCUCUCUUGAACGGAUUUUGGUCAGUGAUAGCGCCAAUCCUUGGGCUCUUUCCUCUUGUGAUCAAUUUUGUGCUGUCUUCUCAAAGCGUGGUCUAUCCCCAACCGCAAUAUGUCCAUGUGCAGGUUCCUCUGAAGCUGGUACUGUUGCUUUAAGACAGCCAUUUAGACAACAAGAAAAUGAACAACAACCCGAAAAUGUUAAUAAUAAUGAGCAACAACCAAAAUGGGGAAGUGGUAGAGGAACUCUUUCAAUGUUGGCACUUAGCCAUUGUGUUGUUCGUCUAGAGCCAGAAAAUUCUAUAAAUUCUUUGGCAAUACAGGAUACAGGUCAAGUAAUUCCUGGAGGUAUGGCUGUUGUCGUAAAAUUAAAUGGCCCUCCAAACUUAUGCCGUUCUGAUGAAAUUGGAGAAAUUUGUUUACAUUCAACAUCAACUUCAAAUGGUUUUUAUGGCCUAAAAGGACUUUCUUCAAAAAUAUUUGAUGUUUUACCUCUGGGAAUAGACGAUAAACCUAUUGGACCUUUACGUUAUGUUCGUUCUGGAUUAAUUGGUUUUUUGGGUCCAAAUGGAAUGAUUUUUGCUGUUGGUGCUAAACAAUCAUUGUUAUAUGUUUCUGGAAGAAUACACAAUUCUGAUGAUAUAAUAGCAACUGUACUUGCUGUUGAACCACAAAAAUUUAUUUAUAGAGGUAGAAUUGCUGUGUUCAGUAUUCGAGUACUUCGGGAUGAACGUAUCUGUAUUGUAGCUGAACAAAGACCUGAAGUAAAUGAAGAAGAUGCUUUUCCGUGGAUGGUUCGUGUUCUCCAAGCAAUUGAUUCUGUACAUAACCAACUUGGUAUUUAUUGUAUUUGUUUAGUUCUUCCAAAUCAGUUACCCAAGACUCCUCUCGGUGGUAUUCAUGUUACUGAAACUAGACAACGAUUUAUUGAUGCUUGUUUACAUCCUACAACUUUAUUAAUGUGUCCUCAACAUUGCGUAUUAAAUCUUCCGAGGCCUAGAGAACCACCUGCUGAUGUUGGUCCUGCAGCUAUGUUUGUAGGAAAUAUUGUGCAGGGUGUAAGAAUAGCUGGAGCACAAGGAAUGGAAUUGCCAUCACCCAUAACUGAAGAGGAACAAUGUUGCCAUCUUAUUGAUAUUUUAAAACAACGAGCAAAGAAUACUCCUGAUCAUGUGUUAUAUUCUCUUUUGAAUUCACGUGGAAUUGAAACAGAAUCACUAACUUGUGCUCAACUUUUAAAAAGGGCAGAACGUGUUGGUGCUUUAUUACUAGAAAAAGGAAGUCUGGCAAGUGGUGAUCAUGUUGCUAUUAUAUUCCCUCCAGGAAUUGAUUUAAUAGCGGCAGUUUUUGGUUGUUUUUGUGCUUCACUUGUGCCUGUAUGUAUUAGACCACCUUCUGCUCAAAAUUUACAAACUUCUAUGCUUACUAUAAGAAUGAUUGUACAAGUUAGUAAAGCUGUUGCAAUUCUUUCUAAUGGAUUAAUAAUUAAAUUAUUAAAAAGUAGAGAGUGCCCUCCACCUCCAAAUAAUCAUCAAAGAAGACGUCAAUCACAACAACCAUCAACACAAUUCCAAGCUUCUUCUUCUUGGCCAAUAAUUUUUGAUAUUGAUGAUGCUCCCUCUUUGUCUUUUGCAAGAAAUAAAUUGUUAAAUAAAAGAAAAUUGUCUGCGGAAAGAAUAGAAGAGGAAAGAUCAACGACAGCAGCAACAUCUACUUGUUAUCUGGAUUUUGUUGUAUCUACAACAGGACAACUUUCUGGUGUACAAAUGACUGUUUUAGCAGUAGCAAAUCAAUGUAGAAGUCUUAAAUUGGCAUGUGAACUUUACCCAUCAAGAAAUGUUACAUUGUGUCUAGAUCCUUGUUCUGGCGGUCUUUCAUUUACUCUUUGGUGUCUUUCAAGUGUUUAUUCCGGUCACCAAUCAACACUUAUUCCACCACAAGAAAUGGAACAAAAUCCUUUUUGUUGGUUACAAGCUUUAACACAAAGGAGAACACGUGAUACAUUCUGUUCACCAAAUAUGGUAGAAUUAUGUUGCUCAGAACUUGCACCACAACUUUGUCAACUUAUGGAGAAAGGAAUUAAUUUGUGCAGUCUUCGUAAUUGUAUAAUCAUUGCUGAAGAACGUCCACGUGUUUCUUUAUGUACUGCAUUUGUUAAAUUGUUUGCACCAUUGGGUUUAUCAUCUAGAUCAGUUAGUACAGCUUUUGGUUGUCGUGUAAAUCCUGCAAUUUGUAUGCAAAGUGCUUCUUGUCCAGACCCUACAACAGUUUAUGUUGAUGCUAGAGCUUUAAGAAAUGAUAGAGUAACUUUGGUUGAAAAAGGUGCUCCACACAGUAUUUGUUUAAUGGAAAGUGGAAAGCUUCUACCUGGAGUUAAAGUUGCUAUUGCCAAUCCAAAAACACGUGGACAAUGUGCAGAUACACAUUUGGGAGAGAUUUGGGUAUCUAGUGGGCACAAUGCAAACGGAUUUACUUGUCUUUCUGGUGAAUUGCAACAAACUGACCAUUUCAAUGCUCGUUUAACUACCGGUGAUACGAAAACUUUAUGGGCGCGAACAGGUUAUUUGGGAUUUUUGAGACAAACAAAAGCAAUUACUGCACAUGGAGAAUUGCACGAUGCAUUAUUUGUUGUUGGCGCUUUAGAUGAAACAAUAUUAUUGCGUGGAAUGAGAUAUCAUCCUGUUGAUAUUGAAUUGUGUGUAUGUAAAGCUAAUCGUCAAAUAUGCGAAAGUGCCUCCUUCCUUUGGACAAAUUUACUCGUUAUUGCCGCAGAAACAACAUCGCCAGAAUCAGAUGCUUUAGAUUUAAUUCCAGCAAUAACUUCAGCAUUGUUGGAAGAACAACAUUUAAUUGCUGGAAUUGUUGUGUUAUUAGACCCCGGAACUAUUCCAAUUAACAGUAGAGGAGAAAAACAAAGAGCACAUUUGAGGGAAUUAUUUAUGCGUGAUCAAUUGGAUCCUAUUUAUGUGGCUUAUAACCUUUGA